AUGCAUCUCCGCCCCGACCACGCAGUUACCGACCUCCCAACCCUCCACGCCUUCAUAAGACAACACCCCCUCGGUCUUAUAACCACCUCGCUUCCCUCUAAAAUCCACCCAACGCUGCAGAGCAGCCACAUCCCCUGGGUCCUGGACAGUACAGCAAAAUCUCCAGACCCGCAAGCAAACAAUGCCGACUCCCAAUCUCAAUCCCAAUCACUAGGAAUCCUCCGCGGCCACAUCGCCCGCGCAAACCCACAAACAAAAGCGAUAGUCGACACCGUGCUGGAUGAUACAAACAAAAACAAGACCGCCAGCUCAGCCAAUACCGUCCCGGGUGCAUUCCCGACAUCGGAAGCAGAUCCGGCGCCAUCAUCAACAUCAGAAUCAGCAUCAGCACCAGAAUUGACUAGACAUGGUCAUACCCUCCCGGGUGAAGUAUUAAUCGUCUUCACAAGUCCGGUAGACCAUUAUAUCACUCCGAACUUUUAUACAGAGUCCAAGCCUAAGACGGGGAAGGUUGCACCUACGUGGAAUUACGCCGCUGUACAGGUUUAUGGCCGGGCGACGAUUUAUCAUGACUCUAAGGAUGGGGCUACGGAGGAGUUUCUUAGGCGGCAGUUGGGGGAUUUGGCGAGGUUGGGUGAGGUCGGGGUUAUGGGGUUCCAGGAGUCAGAGUCAACGUCAGACGCAGACAGCCAAGACAGCCAAGGAGAAGGAGACGCGGCUUCGGGUAUGGCUACGGGUAAGGGAAUCCCCACUACCAAGACUGCAACCAAGACUGCAACCAAGACUGCCACCAAGACCGUGACGACAGAGAAAGAGGAAAUGAACCAGGGGGUGAGCGCUAGCGCUGGAAGUGAGAGUGAAAGUGACAGGACCACAGCCUCCUCGACACCGACGCCAUGGAAAAUCGCCGAUGCACCACUGGAAUAUAUUGCCACCCUGCUGAAGAAUAUUGCCGGCAUGUCGGUUGAGAUCACGCGCAUUGAGGGGCGAUUCAAGGUUAGCCAGGAACGACCGGUGAACGAUCGCGGUGGGGUUGUUGAGGGGUUGGAGGGGAUGGGGUCUGUGAGGGCGAGGGACAUGGCUGACUUUGUGAGGAGGGGGGGGUGUUGUUUAGUGAACAGGGGUGUGUAUAUGCAGGCAUACUGCAUAUGCAUGAGUGUACAGGUAGAAAGUGCAUAG